AUGUCAAAGUCCGACCGUCACGCCGUUCCUUGCGACGAGCCUGAGGGGAAGUCAGAGGGAGGAGCAGAGCAGAGCAGAGCAGAGCAGAGCAGAGCAGAGCAGAGCAGAGCAGAGCAGAGCAGAGCAGAGCAGAGCAGAGCAGAGCAGAGCAGAGCAGAGCAGAGCAGAGCAGAGCAGAGCAGAGCAGAGCAGAGCAGAGCAGAGCAGAGCAGAGCAGAGCAGAGCAGAGCAGAGCAGAGCAGAGCAGAGCAGAGCAGAGCAGAGCAGAGUGGCAACGACAGUGUUGAUGUGGAGAAGGACGAGAGUAGUGGGGACUCGGGUCUGACGCAUUUCGACAGGGGAAGGCAGCUGCUGAAAGUCGACUCGCUCAGAACGUCCCUGAUGAAGACCUUUGGUGCUGAAUUGAAGGCUGACGGAAGAAAAGGCACAUCGCAAGCAGGGGGGCAAGGAGAGGCAAAGGGGAAGAAGCAGGGAGCAGCCGACGAAGCUGCCAUGCAGGGGAUGGAAAACAAUGAUACGGAGAGCGAGUCAGAGGCAGAGGCGGGAGAGGUGCAAGGGUCUUCAUCUCAAGUCCCUUCGACGUCGAACGAAGGAGGCGAAAGACAGCAGGGAGGGCUUGUUGCCAAGAUUACAAGAGUGAUAAAAGUGACCCCAAGUCAAGUCUUUGUCAUGGGACCAGAGAAGGCAAGCAAAGGUGCCGGACUGAAGUUGCUGGGCUGCGGGGCUGACGUGAAAGCAGUCGCCGUUGCCGAGCUGAGCGAGUCAACUCUGGAGAGCUCGCGGGAGACUUCAAUCAACCCGCAGCGAUGGGACACAAAGAGCGACGGAACUCUUCGAUAUGCUGUAAAUCUCCGUCAGGUUCCUCGCUCUCUCGCCUCACUUUCUCCUCCUUUCAAGGUCGAAGUCUGUGGAACUGAUUGGAUGAGAGUGUCGCGUUUCUUUCAGAACAGAAGUCCUGAGGACUGCAGAAGGAGAUGGAAGGCACUUUGUCCUCCGCUCGUCAAGUCAUCCGACGUUUCUGUUUCUCGCGCGCCGGACGAACUUUCACACGUGAAUGUACAGGAGGGCAAGAGAGCGAGGGAAAGUCCCAGCUCGUCCAGAGCAGGAGGAGACGUCCCGCGUUCUCGUCCGCGUCCUCCUUCCAAGUCAGCCGGGGGUGCGCAAGGAGACAAGCGAGCAAUCGAGAGAGCGCGGGAAGAUCUAGGAGGACAGAUCAUGCUCAGUCUCGUCGCCUCCCAACUGCUCGAGCUUCCUCUGCCCGACUGGAUUCCUUCUGCAAGGACUGUGGAGGAGGAGGAGGACAAGGAGGAGGAGGAGGAGGAGCGGAGCAAGCGCUGUUGGAUCCCUGCCCUCCCUUCCCAGUGGUUCAUCCACUGA